UGAUCUUGUGUCUGUGUGUGUCUCUGGAGAACAAAGUCCAAGGAACUGUUAAAUUGUAGGGUCGGUGUUGGUUUUGUUGAGAGAACUGUUGGAAAAAAGUACACAUCUGCCUUCUCCUUGCCCUGAAGAACUGGCAAAACAAUUAUGAGGAGUUUUACUGCAGCAUUUUUUAAUUCUAAACUUCUGUAUAUGGCACGUGUGACAGCAUUGAAAAAAAUAACCUGUGUGAGCAACCUGAUAUCCUUAAGGACUGUGAGCACUCAGAAGAGGGCAUGUCCAUUAUUCUUUAUCCAUCCCCGUCGAGGGCUGGUGGACGAGAAGUUUCGGAUCGUUGUAACAAAUUUACUGCCAAGUCAAAAGGUGACACUACACUCUCUACAUCAAACAGAGGAUAAGAAUUUCUGGGAGGCGUUUGGACACUACGUCAGUGAUGAACACGGAACAGUUACAGGGACCACAGAUGAAAGUUUGGGAGGCACUUAUGAAGGAAGAGAGCCAAUGGGGUUGCUGUGGAGCAUGAGACCCGCACCAGGAAGUCCACAAGGACUCAGAAUACGCAACAGGGAUAUUCUUACACCAAUGGUAGUUCAAAUUUCAGUAUACAGUGGGCAUCUAUCUGAAGGCUUCAGCGAGGAACCACCCCUGGCAACAAGUGUCAUAGAGCGCUGGCAUGUAGCACCAGGUGUGAAAAGGAUAAUCAUCAGGGAGGAAGAAGUACAAGGAACACUUUUCCUACCUCCAGGCCCUGGGCCGUUCCCAGGAGUGCUGGAUCUGUGGGGAGCAGGUGGUGGUUUGGUUGAAUAUCGCUCUGCCCUGCUUGCAUCUCAUGGCUUUGCAUCUAUGGCACUUGAUUACUUCGCUCCAAAAGGGCUGAGAAUGCAAGAUGUUGAUAUUGCUUACUUUGAGAAAGCAUACCAGAUUUUACAAAAUCAUCCAAAGGUACAGAAGGACAAUCUGGCAAUGAUUGGACUAUCUUUUGGAAGUGACGUCACAUUAAGCAUGGCGGCUUACUCAAAAGUCAUCAAGCCCCAGUGCUGUGUGUGUAUCAGUGGAAGUCAUGUGGUUCCUAUUGAUAAAUCUCUUUUUGAAGCCUUUGAGGAGAUACAAAAGCUUUUGAAGAAUGUACGUAUGAAUGAGGAGAACCAGAUAAUACAGAGAGACAGCAUUUUGCCGAUUCCCUCAGACCCGGCUCUCAAAGUAGACGUUGGGAGAAUAAAGUGUCCUCUUCUGUUGGUGAAUGGUGGUGAUGAUCAGAGCUGGCCUUCUGUUGAAUCUGCUGCAGAUAUCGAGAUGAUGAUGGAGAAAGCAGGAAAUCGGCACUUGUUGACAGUCCUGACAUAUCCUGAUGCGGGUCAUCUGAUCGAACCACCGUACUCGCCUCACUUCCGAGCAACUAACUUCAUCCGGCAACAAACAAACGAGAAAAUUGUCAUGCUAUGGGGUGGACAGACCAAACCUCACGCUUACGCACAAGAGGACUCAUGGAGCAAGACAAUAGCAUUUCUGCGCCAGCACCUCUGCUUCAGUUCAAACUUUGCAAAGGCCAAACUGUAGUUCUGGCAUUUACAACAUUGAUAUGAGUGCAGCUUUUUUUUUUUUUUUUCAAAAUGGAAUGAUAUAUGAUUGCCAGCACUUGUUGUUACUGGGUGUCCAUGGUUAACCGGUUAACCG